AAAAAAAAAACACACACAAAAAUCAAAAAUAGUAAGAAGAAAUACGAAAUCAUUAUCAAUAACAAAAGAAAAUAAUAUAAGUUAGGAAAAAGAAGUGGAGAGCAAAACCAAUAAAUUAUUACUACUAUUCAAUAAUAAAAGAGCAAAAUGAGUUAAAUACCAGAAAAGGGAGAAUACAAUUCUAUUUUGAUUCACAACAUACCAGAAAAUGUUACGAGAGAGGAGAUUUAAAACUCCUUCAAAAAGUUUGGCACUAUCAAGAAUAUAUAAAGUUUUAAGCGCAAGAACUACACCAUAAGAAUAGAAUAUACAAAUUCUGAAGAUGCAUAAAAAGCUAUGAAAGAAAUGAACUUUCACACUUUUUAAGGCGAAGAAAUCAAUAUUCAAUUCUUUUUAGAUAAGGAGAAGAAGGAAUAAAUUAAGCAUAACAAUAUUGUCAUUAAGAAUGUUCCUAUUAAUAUCAGCUAAACAGACCUUUUUGAAGCUUUUAGCAUGCACGGAGAUAUUUUUUCUCUUUACCUCAAAAAAGGAGUAGAUAAAGCAAAUGUAGGAAUAGGAUAUGUUUAAUUCUUUAAAAAUGCAGAUAAAAUCAAGAUACUUGAAUUGUAGGAUUCAUAAGGAGGCGAGCUAACACUAAAUCUGAAAAACGAUACCGAAAUUAAGCUAAAGCUUGAGGAAUUCUAUUCAAAGAAUGAAGAAGAGGCUAUAUUGAUGUAAAAGUAGUAGCAAUAAUAGUAGAUUUAACUAUAACAACAAUAAUAAAUUUCUUAAGGGUAGGUUGAGUAAUCUUCAGGAGAACUAAAGAUAGAAGCCCAACCUGGAGUUUAAAAUUUGACCAUUCAGUCAGCACUAAUACCAUAAAUUUAAUAGCUUUAGCAAAAUUCUUUGCAAUAAAGUAUAGCAAAUUAGGUAAAUAAUACUCAAUAGCUCUAGCAAUCUAUCAUUUAAUAAACUCUUUCUCCCCAAGCUUUAUAAUUACCUAACUAAUCUGAUAAUUCUUAAGCUUCUACUGCUGUUGUUGCGUCAAAUAUAGAAUAUGUUGUAAUUUUUAUUAAAAAUUUUAUGGAAAAGGAAAUUAGCACGUCUGAAUCUAAUGAGAUAAGCUAAGCUUUAAAAAAUAUAGAAAUUAGCAUUAAAUAAGUUAUUGAAAAAGUUUAAAAUGAGCUCAAAGGCAGUGCUCCUAAAUUAGAAUUUUAUGUUUAAUAUAAUGCACAGAAAAAAAAUUUCUGGAGUCAUUUGUUUGGAGUGGGUACAGCUGAUGUUUUUCAAAAUAUAUUUGAAAUUACUUCUAAACUGCUCAAACAGACUUAUCCUUCAUGCGAAGUAAGCUUUAAGUAGAAAAAGAAAUAGCAAGAACCAUCAGCAAAGCAUCUUAUUUGUUUUGGAGUGAGACCAACUAUAACUCAUGAAAAAAUAAAACAAUGGCUCGAAGAUCAGAUUUUUAGUAGCCUAACUGUUUCAUCUAUAAGCUUCAAUUUAGUCAAAAAGAAAGAAAGUAGCACUUCAACUCAAUCUUCAAAAAAUUUUGAAAAAGAUUCAUAAGUGCUCUACAUCUUCUUUUUAAAUGAAUAAGAAGGCAUUUAGUUUAUGGAAAUAUGCAAAAAGAACUUAGCUCACACAAACAACAUUUUUUAUAAGCCAAAGAUUUCUUAAUACCUAACAGAUAAGCAAAGGUAAGAUUUGAAAGCUAAAAUGAAUCAAAAUAAUUCUAACAAUCUAGGCAGUUAAGGCUAUUCAAGCAACCAUUAAAAUUACUAAAAUCACCACUACCAAUAGGGAAAUUCAAACAACCAUCACCAAGUAUAUCACCACAACAACGGCAACAACAACAAUCACAAUUAUAACCACAAUCACCACCAUCACCAUAAUUAUAAUUAAAAUAACCACUACAAUCCUAAUUAGCAUCAUUAUUAUACUAAUAAUAACAAUUAAAAUUAAACUAGCAAUCAUAAUCAUCAUCAUCAUCAUCACCACAACAAUAUAAAUAAUACUGCUUAUCAUAAUAAUAAUCCCAGCUAUCAUAAUAAAAACCAGUAGCAUUCUUAGCAGGGAAAUAGCCAUAGCCACAAUCACUAUUAAGCUGGAAAUCAUCACUUCCAUUAGGCUAAUUUUAAUUAAUCUCAUAAUAGCAACCAUCAUAAUGGAAAUAACAGUCACCACAGCUAGCAUUCUUAGCAUCCCAAUCAUUAGUCUGGGUAUAAUAAUUAGAAUCAAGCUGGUUAAUAGAGCAGGUAAAGAAAUAGUAAAUCUAUGAAUUAUAGAACUAAUUAAGCAGGAAAUAACUCAAGUACUAACUAUCAAGGAGGUUAGAAUUAUUUAGGAACUAAUGGGUAAAAUAAUGCUAGUUCAAGUUCAAGCUAAUAAAAUCAAAGUAACCAAACUAAUCAACAGCAAAGAGGUAGCUAAAAUAUUAGCUCCUCACAAUAAAACAAUCAAUAUAAUUAUGGAUAAGGAAAUAGUCAAAAUAAUUAAAUGCAGUAAAGAAAUACCGCAUACGCUUAGCAUAGAUCAUAGAUUAAUAAUUAAAAUAACUCAUAAUAAAGUGUUCACUAAGGUACAAAGAAUAUACCAAGCAACUACACAUAGCACCACUAAAAGAAUUAAGGCAUGCAAAAUGAAAAUACUAGAAAUAAUAGAACUAGAAAUUAGAACAAUCAGCAUAGCAUGAACAGUAAUCAUCACAGCCACAUUGCAAAUAGUCAAUAAGGAAAUAACAAUUAAAAUAAUUAUCAUAACAAUAGUUAAUCAUAUGCUUCAUCUGGAAAUUCUUUCUUACCUAAUUAUGCUAAUAACCAUUAACGUAUUGAUUAAUAUUCUUAGAGUGCUAAUAUUCAUAAUAGCAAUAACAAUCGUAGGUCACAAAACAAUAAUGUGAAUAGCAGUAAUUUGAGCUCUGGAAAUAAUAACAAUUUUGAUAAUAAUAAUAACAAACAAAAUUUCACAAAUAGCAAAAGUGAGACUAAUAACAGCUACACUAGCACUUCAAGUUAAGGAACUGCCUAAAUAUAUGUUUAGAAAAAUUAAUAAAAUUCUAAUAAUAGCAAUGGCAAUAAGCACUUCAAUGGCUCUAGCAGUGGAUUAAAUAAUUCUUAUAGUAGUUUUACAUCUCCUCCUUAAGGAAACAGAGUAAAUAACGCUAAUAACACUCAAGGAGGUACUUUGAAUACAUUUGAUACAUUCCCUAGUAAUCAUAUUACUUAAAAUACCAACUCAUUUGGAAAUAUUGGAAGAGGUACUAAUAGUAGUAAUUUCCAUAACACAAAUUCAUCUACAAACUAAACAGUAGCAUAAUAAUAAAAUUACUCAAAUAAUACUAAUAAUUAGUAAUACUUUUAAGCCAAUAGCAAUAAGAACUAAAAUUAUUUUAGUCCUCUAGGCGUGAACAGCUAAUCUCAAUAAUAGAAUUAAGUUGGAUAAGCUAAUGGAAGCAUCUAAAAUAAAUCUACCAAUUACUUGGUAAAUAUUUCUUCAAACAACCUGAUUGUAAAUCCCAAUAACUCAACUGCCAACACGACAGCUACAGCAUCUCCAACUACUGCUUCGUCAUAAAAUGUAGUAAAUUCAAUGUCUAGUAAUGCAUUUACAUCAUCUCUGAGUAGCUAUAUAAUAGCUUUGAGCAACGCAAAUACUCAGCAAGUAUAGCAAAAUGUAAUUGAAAACCUUAGAAAUGAAGUUCUAAAUAACAAAGUAGAAUUUAAGGCUCUUUAGGAUAAAGAUUUAAAAAAUAAAACUAUUUCAUAUAUAAUUAAAUAAAUGAUUAUCAAUUUAUCAAGCGCUGAAGAAAAGGUAGGCUAAUUACUCCAAAUCAAAGAAAGUGAUAAAAUCAAAGCAAAAGUAGAACAUUUUAUUUCAAUUAAUGAGUAAAUAUGCCAGCUUUUCACAAAUUGUGUAUUUAGCACUGACGAGAUUCUGCAAAUAAUCGAAGAUUAAAAUUAACUUGUUCAAAAAUGUGAAUAUUUCACAAAGCUAAAAACAUCUUGA